AUGGGGACCCAGAGAAUGCUCUGGAUUAUUUAUUCAGUUGUGAACUUGUUCAUAUCUUUGAGCAGCGCAGCGCAGCAGCAACCGUUGCAUACUAUAAUAGAUGCCGCUCCAAAGCGGGUCGCUGUCAUCGGGGCUGGAGCUGGAGGGUCAUUUGCUGCAUAUGAACUGCGGAAGCUUGCGGAUGCCUCCAACAUCCCUGUGAAUGUCACUGUAUUCGAGCGGGCCUCGUAUAUCGGUGGGCGCUCAACAACAGUCAACGCUUUUGAUGACCCCGCAUACCCGACAGAGCUGGGUGCUUCAAUUUUCGUAGAGGUCAACCAAAAUCUAAUGAAUGCAUCCCGCGCUCUUGGUCUCAACGUUCGCGGUGCAGCCUAUGAAAGACCUGGAGAGACUGAUGACUCCAUCGGAAUAUGGGACGGCUCUCAGUUCGUCUUUACACUCAAGGACUCUUCUGGAUGGUGGAACAUAGCUAGACUAUUUUGGAGAUAUGGACUGGCGCCACUCUAUACUCAAAACCUUAUGAAGCGUGUGGUCGGCAAAUUUUUGAAGAUAUACGAGGAACCGCUGUUUCCUUUCCGGUCGCUAUCCGAAGUUGCAGAGGCAGUUGGCCUCCUCAACGUGACUGCAUCCCCGGGCGAUGCUUUUCUACAAGCGAACUCAAUUUCGGAACUCUUUUCAAGAGAGAUCAUCCAAGCCAGCACACGGGUGAACUAUGGCCAGAACCUACCACUGAUUCAUGGACUGGAAUCCAUGGUUUGUAUGGCGACAGAUGGCGCGGUAUCUAUUCGUGGCGGAAAUUGGAAGAUCUUUGAGGGGGUUAUCGAGGCAUCCAGAGCUGAACUUAGACUCGAUACAGCGGUGACUGAGAUUGUGAAGACCGAUAAGGGCACCGUGCAAAUAGCCUCUAAGCCGACUUCUGAUCCUGACUCGGCGCAACCAGACGAAUCCGAGUUCGAUGAGGUAAUUAUUGCUGGUCCACUACAGUACUCUGGAAUUUCGAUAUCACCACCUUUAGAACAUAUUCCGGAUGACAUCCCGUACGCCAAACUUCACGUAACGCUCUUCGCUUCACCAUAUCGAAUCUCGCCUGAAUUCUUUGGUCUCCACGGCAAGGACGCACAGGCCCCAGAAACCAUUCUUACUACCCUUCCUGGAGGCCUUAACCUUGGAACAAACCCCAGAGGGGUUGGACCUGCAGAGUUUUGGAGUAUCAGCACACUCCGGAUGAUAACAAGAACCGUCAUCAAAGAUGGACAGCCACAUCUCGAAGAUCAUUAUGUAUAUAAGAUCUUCUCCCCAGAACGACCUACUGCCCAGUUUGUUGCGGACUUAUUCGGAAUUGAAUUCUCUCAUGGUGGUCCUGGCAUGGUGACCGUUGCACCUGAUAAUGCUACUAUCGGUGAUCUUCCCGAGAGUGAGAUCAGCUGGUUCCACGAGAAGAUCUGGAAUCCAUAUCCUCUUCUAUAUCCUCGUGUGACAUUUGAGGAUACUCUCUUAGCCCCUGGAAUCUGGUAUACCAGUGGCAUUGAAAGUUUUAUCUCAACGAUGGAGACGAGUGCACUUAUGGGUAGAAAUGUGGCAGCGCUGAUGGUGCAGUCAUGGGAGAGAGAAAAGGAUGAAAAGAAAAGCGGGCCUUUGAAAUGGAGGACGGAACUCUAG